AGCCUUAGAAAAGCAUCAGUUGUCAUUAACUGUUUGCAUUCCCCACAGAUCUUUGUCAUCCUCAGAAAACAGCAGUUUGUUGGCAAACCAGCGUUUCACAGCUCAUGCUCGUCACAGUUUCCUGUGUGGUGUGAAGCUUGUCAGUUUGAUCAAACGGAGUUCAGACUUCUGGGUGAAAUAAAACUUUCCUUCAGCAGUUCAAAUGUCAAACCCAGUGGUCACCAAUCAACCUGGUGCAGGAGGCUAUGGGACGAAUGUCCAGACUGGAGAGUGGAGCACAGGCUUGUGUUCCUGCUUUAGUGACUGCUUAAUCUGUGCUUUUGGUUGCCUCUGUCCAAUUGGCCUAAGCUGCUACACUGCAAAUAAGUAUGGUGAAAACUGCUGCCUGGGUUGUGUGCCAGGAGGCAUGACUGCCAUGAGGACUCAUAUGAGACUGACGUAUGGCAUCCAGGGGACGGUAUGCAACGACGCCCUCAUGACUUUUUUCUGCGGACUUUGUGAACUGUGCAGGAUGGCCCGAGAAAUUCGCAUCAGGAAUGGAGACGUUUCAAUGUAACAUGAUUUUAUAAGCACUGCACUUACUAUUCAGUAUAAGUGUAGUUCUGCUCAUAUUAAACACAUUUUUGUAUAUAGCAUGCUUUUACUAAAAACAUUUUAUGUGCAUGUCUAAAAUGAUUUAAACAUCUCACAUCCUUGUCAUGUUUGUGUAAAAUUAGAGAAAGACUCAAAAUGUACAAGGUAUAUGAAUAUUUUAUUAAAAAUCAAACUGCUUAUAAGGAGUUCUAUUUCUGAUCUGCUUCCAAAAUGUCAAAUGAAUCCCUUAAUAUACAACCACAAGGAAAAAGGCUUAAUGAACUGGACAAUGAUAUUGUUUCUCCUUUAAUAGUUAUAUAUCAGGAAUUUCCAUCCCCUGUUCUGAAAUAUAUAUGGGCAGCUUAAUUUGACUUGAUAACAACACUGAAAACAAUAAUCAAUUCUGCGUUUAAUUUUUUUAUAUUUUAAAGGCAACAUGAACUUGUUUGUAUUCGCUUUUAGUUGCUUGUAAACCUUUCUGUUGUUCUCUUGCAAAGUGUUGAUAAAGAUAAAGUUAGUCUCUGUUAGUGUGUGGACCACA